UGAUGCAAAAAAUUUGUGACGAUCACGAGGUCAUUUGAGCAGCAAAAGUAUUGAACUUUGUGAGGGAAUUUCAUUCGAUUAUAUAUUUUAUGAGCGUCUAUUUGUAAAAGAAGCUUUCUUGCAGGUUGGGAUGGCUUUCUAAAAACAGUCAUACGCAAUUAUCAACGAAAGACUAUGUCAGACCUUCUCGGAUAUUCAUGGCAUUGUUUUGUGACCUGUUGUAAGACAUUCUUUAUCUUCUGAGUCAAUAAAUUUCUGUUCACAAACUUACAGCAAUCCUUAUCACGAAGGAGGAAAUCAAACAAAGCCUCUAAAAUGGAGCACGUAUCCCACAUUGUUAUCAAAUGUGUAGGAACACUAAUUUUGUUUAUAAUGACAAUCCUUUGUGGAAUUAUUCCGGUGAUCGUAUUUCGUACACCGAGAAGAUCUGGAAGUGCAAGGCAACGAAAAAAACUCAUUAUUGGCUGCUGUAAUUGCUUUGCUGGAGGAGUGUUUUUCAGUGUAUGUUUACUGGACUUGCUUCCUUCUGUUAGAAACAAGAUGACGAGAGCAUUGCUUGAAAUCAAUGUAUCGACUACGUUUCCACUUGGUGAGUCUAUAGCUGCUGUGGGGUUUAUUAUGAUGGUGGUGUCGGAAAUUCUCGUUCAUGUAUUGGGAAAGGGUAGCUGGCUUAUGGAUCACCAUCAUCAUCAUGACGAGGAGUUGCUUGAAAAUGACGAAGUCCAACCACUUAUAAACGAUGAACCGCCCCAAAGUUAUGGUUCUGGCAAAGGUAACACUGUCAACACAACAAGAAGUCUUUCGGUUGUUGCUAGUGACAACAUUGUAAAUGCGAAUUGCAUGGAAAAUCCUAGUGAAAGGGAUCCAGAUUCAAGACCCUGUAGUCCAGGAAUUGAUGAUGAUAAUGUUGUCUUUGAAGGGAAUUUCACACCUCGUUUGAGGAGGUCAAGAUCCAUGCGUAGCAUUGCUUCUGUAAACACUGUUACUCAUUCCUCAUUCAGGAUGUAUAUAUUAAUAAUGGCCCUGUCAUUGCACUCUCUUUUUGAAGGGCUCAGUGUUGGCUUGAUAACUGAUGUUGAUACAUUAAUACAGCUUCUUAUUGCCUUGUUAUUGCAUAAAAGUAUAAUUUCUUUUGCUCUUGGGGUCAAAUUGGUUGAUGGUGGCUUAAAGGUGGUAACUGUUGUUAAAGGGAUAAUUCUUUUUGCUGCUAUGGCUCCUGUAGGUGUAGGAGUUGGUCUUGCUGUAUUGAACUCCUUUUCAAAAGUUGCAAGUCUGUUCUGUUCAGGCAUUUUGCAGGGAUUGGCAACUGGGUCUUUCUUUUAUGUCACAUUUUUUGAAAUUCUACCAGAAGAGUUUACUAUGCAAAGUCAUAAUAAAGGCUCAAAAGUUCUUUUUGUCAUUAUUGGAUUUUUGAUUAUUGCUGGCAUGUGUUAUUAUGAAAAUCAGUUUCAUACGAUCAAGAAAGUGAUGCCGCAUGUGGGUGGUCCCACAACUCCACCUCAUUAAUGGAUAACUAACCUGGAGUACACUGUCAUCCUUGGGGCUGGUGGUCAUUGGAUGCUGGAAAAAAGCAUUUUAACAGAUAUCUACACAGUAUUUCUCAUAUUUUAAAAUGGCCAUCAAAAGGGAGUCCAAGGCACUAUAAUAAUUCACAGGGAUACACUAUAUCUAGUAGUUUACUUCUUUAAUAAUACCUUGUUACCUUGACCUAAUCUCCCUGGACUUUUCUCUUGAUAUCUUUGCUUUUGUAGUACAUUUCUCAAAUUCUCCAAUGUAAUUUGGUAAAACUCCUAAUUGUAAAAUGCUUCAUGGUAAGCUAAGGUUAUAUUCCUAUAAAAUUUUAGUGGGAAUUUGAUAAACGAAAAUUGCUUUAGACUUCAGUAUCAGGGACUGACCUUAGAAUUGAUAAUUAGUAUAAUUAUAUUUUCACGUUUUAAUUGUUAAGCUUUCUCAUUGCUAUAUUUGAAAGUGUUUUCAUUUUGAAAAACUGGGAUUAUUCUCAGUCUUCACUAAGCUUACAAAUGAGCUAAAUAUUUUAAUGUAAGAGGAUGCCAAAAAUUUUGUCAAAAGAUAAUGAAUGCAUAAACCCUCAUAAGCUGUAGAACCUUUUGGUUUUUAGGACCAGCUUUGGCAAAUUGAGAUUGGAUAAGUUUCACACUGAAAUUGAAUAAUUUAAAAUUUAUGUGAAUUAUAUUAGUUAUUUAAGUGUUUGUGGCAAGUAAUGCAUAUAGAUACUAAAAGUUAUGCGAAGCAUCUAGAUGGAUCCCACAGCUAGUGGUCAUUAAAAUGAAACCAAAGAGCAAUUCAGUGUAAAUUUUCCAAGAAAAGACAUAAAACCAAGCACUGUAAAAUCAUUGCAAAUGAAAAAAGCUGGAAGUGUAGGCAUUUUAGGGAUUAGUUAAUUAUAUUUGAAGUACAAUGUGCUUAUCUGAUUUUUGUUUUGAUCAUGCUGAUUGUUUUGAUUUUUCAUUUUAUUUUAAAAUUCUUUUUAGUAAAAUUAUGUUCUAAAAUUUGUGAAAAAUUACUUAAUUAAUAUAAUCUAGCUCAUACUUUGUAUGUAUUUAAUUGCAGUUGGUACUAUUCAUUGAUAAUAUAUGUUGUUUUUUAUAUUAGCCCCAUUUUGUUUAAAGGUUGUGAUGCCAGAAGGCAAAUGUCACAUGGUUCUGAUAUGUAGGUCAAGGGCUUGAUUUUUCUUUGGUUGUAAUCAGUUUUCCCGUUCAAUAGUUUUGCUUAAGCCUGCAUACAUGUGCUAAAACCAUUUUUGAUACUAGUUAAAUUUUAGAUUAAUCUUUAGGAUAAUGCUUGUUUCAAAUAAAAUUAGAUUUUUAAGUUGUAUCUCCAAACAACUUGGGUAAAUAUUUUACCAAUUAGUUCAAUGACGUCCUGUCAUUUUUUCAUUUAUGGAUAUUCAGGAAUAAAUAACACAACAUUGUUUCCACUUUUUGGAACAUUCAUAAUUUGUUUUUUUCAGCAAAUUGAGAAAGGUUUUAUGUUAUGUUGUUUUACCAACUUUAUUUUUGUUGAUGAUUAUCAAGUGGUUUAUGCACUUUUCAAAAUAAGAUUUUGUAUUUGCUUGGAAUUUAAUAAGCAAUUUGUCUAGCUUUGA